GCCGGUGUUUCGCUCAGUGCUGGUACCGUUGGCCGCCCGCCGCGCUCCAGAUGAAGUGUGAGCACUGCACGCGGAAGGAAUGUAGUAAAAAAACGAAAACUGAUGGCCAAGAGAAUGCAUCAGUCGAUGUACCAAGGCUGGCCCAGGAGAAGAGAGAGAAAGGAGAAUUCCAUAAGUUGGCUGAUGCCAGGAUAUUUCUGAGUGACUGCUUGGCGUGUGACAGCUGUGUGACUGCAGAGGAAGGAGUCCAGGUUUCCCAGCAGAACGCCAAAGACUUCUUCCGCGUUCUGAACCUUAAUAAGAAAUGUGAUACCUCAGAGCACAAGGUGUUGGCAGUGUCGGUGUGUCCUCAGUCUCUGCCUUAUUUUGCUGCUAAAUUCAGCCUCAGUGUGACUGAUGCAUCCCGAAGACUCUGUGGCUUCCUCAAAAGUCUUGGGGUGCACUACGUCUUUGUUACAACAAUUGCUGCAGACUUCAGCAUUCUGGAGAGUCAGAAAGAGUUUGUGCGUCGCUACCACCAGCACAGCAAGGGAGAGCCGGCCUUACCCAUGCUGACCUCUGCCUGUCCAGGCUGGGUCCGGUAUGCGGAGCGGGUGCUGGGGCAUCCCGUCACUCCCCACCUCUGCACCGCCAAGUCUCCCCAGCAGAUCAUGGGCUCUCUGGUGAAGGAUUACUUCGCCAGACGGCAGAACCUGUCCCCAGACAAGAUUUUCCAUGUUAUUGUGGCCCCUUGCUAUGACAAGAAAUUAGAGGCCCUUCGAGAAGAUUUUCCUUCAGCUUUGCAGAGUUCCCGGGGUGCCGACUGCGUGUUGACCUCAGGUGAAAUUGUCCAGAUAAUGGAGCAAAGUGAUAUCUCAGUGAAGGAAGCUGCCGUGGACACACUGUUUGGAGACUGGAAAGAGGAGGAGAUGAGGCGCCAUGAUGGAGCCAGCUCGGAUGGGUACCUGGUGCACAUCUUCAGACACGCGGCCAAGGAGCUGUUCAACGAGGACGUGGGGGAGGUCACCUACCGCACCCUAAGGAACAAAGACUUCCAGGAGGUCACCCUUGAAAAGAACGGGGAGGUUCUGUUACGCUUUGCUGCUGCAUAUGGCUUUCGAAACAUCCAGAACGUGAUCCUGAAGCUGAAGAAGGGCAAGUCGCCAUACCACUUUGUGGAGGUCCUCGCCUGUGCUGGGGGAUGCUUAAAUGGCAGAGGCCAAGCCCAGACUGAGGAUGGGCACGCCAACAAGGCCCUGCUGCGGCAGAUGGAAGGCAUCUACGCAGACAUCCCCGUGCAGCCCCCGGAGACCAGCACCCGAGUGCAGGAGCUGUACCAGGAGUGGCUGGAUGGGGCCGACUCCCCCAGGGUCCAGGAAGCCCUGCACACUGCGUACCAAGGCCCAGGGCACCCCCCUAACAGCCAAGACAUCAAGUGGUAAAGGUCAAGAAGGCUGGGAGGCAGGUGCCAUCAGCUGCCCAAGGAGGGAGGAGCUGCUGAGUGUGGGUAUCAGAGACUUGAUACCCACCUGAAGAAAACAGCUUGGCUUUUCUUCUGUUACUUUCGUUUUUCAGAAUUCUCUGCUACCCCCAUUUGUUGGCAGCUCCCUCAUUCAGCUUGAUGUGGUGCUAUCCUUAAAUACAUGUGUGAUUGGAAUACUUUAACACAAGAGAACAAUUUUCCCAAUUUAAGUAGCCUUUUACCCUAAGACUGAAAAAAUCCCAAAGAACAACAAUGGAGCCAGACUACUGUCUUUUAGGAUUAAAAAAAUCCAAAAAGUGUCCUGUGAAGAGCUAAGACCCCAGAAGUUCUGAUUUAUGUGCCUCAGAGAGAUUUGAUGUGGAAAUAAAGACAGGAGGCAUGCAGGCUGCAGGUCGUGGGGACCGUACCAGCACAGUCUGCCUGCCUGGCUCUUAUUUUUACCUACAGGUGUUAUUCUUGAAAAUGUUUUUGCCAGAACAUGAAUAACUUGCAACCUUUUGGAAUCAAGGGGCUCAUACACAAAUCUGAAUUUCCAGCUUUUCUUGAAAAAAAUCUGUUCUGGCAACAGUGGGCCACAUUCCUCACUGCUGCAGUGGCCAGAGUGCAGUAGCAGUCCCCUCCUGGGACCAGACCCUCUAACUGUGGGGCCCGGUGGGCACUGGCAACUUAUGCCCCAAACUCGCACUUUGACAUUGUCUUUAAGCUGAACUCACCUUGAGGUGGGGGAGGCCCAACAAGGGUGACAGGUAGUACAGACGAAGGAUGGAGAAUGGAGAGACAGGCUGCCCUGCUCAGGCCAGGCUGUGUGGUCAGUCCCUCCCUGGGUGGGGUCAGGCAGGU